AGAUGGCAGCAACCUUGUUUUUAAAUUUCGUUUGCGUGUUUGUGUGAUGUGUGUUGCCAUUUAAAGUGUGUCCGCUCAUUUGUUUUUGGGGCAAUACUUGAACGAUCGACGUGCAUUUGUUCCCCGUAAUUAAUCCCAGACCUGUCCUAGUGAUCCUUCGCCGGCGUCACAUUACUCGAUGGGGGGAACCGGCAAAAAAGGUUCCAAGAAAUUGGCCUCGCAAGACGCACAGAAGUUGAAGGAACUCUUGGAUGAAGUACUAGACAAGUGCACCACAUUACCUUCCGGAAAUGCCAAGAAAGAAUGGGAAGACUUUCUGGAAGUUCGCAGCCUCCUGGAAAAAGUCAGGGAGUUGGAGAAACGCCUGACACCUGAACUACCAGAUCGAGCCGACAAGUGGCCAGUUUUUUUUAAGUGGUGUCUGGACAACGGGGCUACCACUAAUGGCAUCACCCUCCAGGCACUACCUGACGACGAGUACGGUUUCGCUGCGGAACAGGAUAUUCAGGAGGGUGACCAGUUUUUGGGCGUACCCCUGGGGAUGAUGAUGACGACCAUCGGAGCCCGCAAGUCGAAGCUCGGCGCUCUCCUGAGAGACGACCCCAUCAUGAAGAGCAUGGAGAAUGUGGCGCUGUCCAUGUUCCUUAUCCUCGAACUGUGCUCCGGCAGUGCAUCCUUCUGGCAUCCUUACAUCUCAAUCCUUCCGCGCUCGUUCAACACGGUCCUCUACUUCUCGGUUGACGAGCUGCAACUUCUCACCGGUUCCUCAGUGCUCGAUGAGGCUCUAAAGCUUCACAGAAGCAUUGCGCGGCAGUACGCCUACUUUCACAAGAUAUUUCGGACCCAUCCCCUGGCAAAAAGCCUUCCGUACAAAGACUGCUUCACGUACGACUUGUACCGAUGGGCUGUGUCAGCUGUGAUGACGCGGCAGAACGCAGUCCCGAGGGCUGUCGUCUGCGGCGGCGCCGACGACGCAUGCGCGCGAGGAAGUGGCUCUGGUGUCGCUGCCCUGGUGCCCCUGUUUGACUUGUGUAAUCACAGCGACGGAAAGGUGCUGACGGACUACGACACGGAGUCGAAGCUCCUCAAGUGUUACGCGGUCAAGGACUGUCACCAGGGAGAUCCGGUGACCAUUUUCUACGGGAAACGAAGCAACGGGGAGUUCCUGGUUCACAACGGCUUCGUGUACGCCGACAACCGGCACGACGCCGUGGACAUCAAGUUGGGAAUCAGCAAGAAAGAUCCGUUGUUUGCGGCCAAAGCCAAGCUCUGUGAGGAGCACGACCUGUCUCUGAGCGGCACGUUUUCCCUGUCUGUCGGACCUCGGCCCGUGUCUCAAGACUUGUCCACGUUCCUGAGGAUCCUGGUGCUUAGGGACGCUGUUCCUGACGACGCUCUGCCCACGGACCACGUCCUGACAGCGUCGGACGGGAACGCCCGGGACGCCGCGGCAUUCCUCGCCACUCGGAUCGAGCUGUUGCUCAGAGCGUUUCCCAAGACGGCCGAGGAGUACGAGCAGAUCGUGAACGCCGUGGAUACCACCGCACGGGCCAAGAUGGCGGCCAGUCUGCGUCUCUCAGAGAGGAAGCUCUUGGGAUCGGUGCUGGAGGCGGUCCGGGCUUGUCCGUUGCUGAGAGCCGCCUCCUAGAACGACGGCGUCGCCCUUUCUAUAAUAUAAAGACAACAAGGUGCACGGC